AUGCCGGAAUUCGACAGAAAGCGCAAGUUCGAGGGCGACCGGCACCACCGCCCGAAAAAGCCACACAGAGACAACUCAAAGCCCUCAAAUCACAACAGUCCUCAAACACCAACCAAUCAUGGACUGCCUCCUCUGCCACAAAUCCACGACAAGUAUCGAUCAGUUGUCUUCACUCACCCAAGCCAGGCACCCAGCAAUGUCCAUGCCAGCUACGACAGGCUCGAAUUCCUAGGAGACGCUUACCUCGAGCUCUUCGCUACUCAGAUAAUCUUUGACCGAUUUCCGCAUCUAGAUCCGGGCAAGAUGUCUCAAAUUCGAGAGACGCUGGUCAGAAACGAAACCAUCGGCCAAUAUGCUAGCCUUUACGGUCUUGACAAGCAAAUCCAAAGCUACAAACAAUUCCAAAAUCAGGCGCCCCAUGCCUGGCUCAAGAUCAAAGGAGAUAUCUUCGAGGCCUACGUCGCUGCUGUAAUCCUGUCUGAUGCGGAUGCGGCAGGGCUAGCGAAGAAAUGGCUUCAUGAGUUGUGGGAACCGAAAUUGCAGGCUGCUCUCGCCGCCAAUGAUGGCCCAUCAAAAAAGAGCAAGGAGGAGCUGGCCAAAAGGAUUCUUGCAAAGGGUAUUAAGAUCAAUUAUGUGGAUGAGAAAGAACCCAUCGUUCACUACGGUCAAGGCAAAGAGACUUACUUUAUUGGAGUGUAUUUGACUGGUUGGGGCUGGGACAACCAGUACCUUGGCAGUGGAAAGGGGGCCAGCAGAGUUGAGGCUGGACAAGCGGCUGCAGCGGCCGCACUCAACAACCGUCCACUCAUUGAUGAGAUCGCAGCCAAAAAGGCAGAGGCUUACUUCCAGCGAGACAAAGAAGCCGUAAAGAAGGAUGAGGCGGAAAAAGACUGA